AAAGACCCCAUGUCUACAUACAGUUCCAUUCCAAGAGACUGGGGGUUAAGACUUCAGCGUAUGAAUUUGGAGGGGACACACAGCUCAGCCUGUAACACUGUCCCUUUGCUAGUUUGGGGUUUCGACCAAUUACUCUAUCUCUGCCUCAGUUUCCAAUGUUCUAAAAUAGGAGCAAUGGUAAUAAUUAGGUCAUGGAGUUUGAGGAUUCAGUCAUUGCACUAUAUAUAGAAAGCUCUCAGAAUUGUGUCUAGCGUAUAGGAAGUAAUAAGUCGAACUUGGUUUCACCUAUAAAUUAAUGAUCGUGAGGCUUCCUGUGGGAUGAAGAGUGGAGUGAGGCCGCUGGGUACUCCGUUGUGCCUAGCCAUGGGAAUAAAGUAAUGAUCACAGCGUUAUCACAAGGGUGUCUGCUGCUGUGCCAGACUAAUUGUUUUGUGCGUGUUCAUUCAUAUACCCAUCACAGCCACCCUAGGGAUGCCAUUGUCAGACGCCUGUUUGGCAGACGGGGAAGGUGAAGCACAGAGACGGAGGUUGCAUUUGAACUCUGGCUCUAGGGCUCACGCUCUUAACCACCAUGCUGUAUUGCCUCCGUUCAAAAAGAUGUGGCUCUGGGGUAUGUUCAGUCUGCAGGCCGACCCCGGGAACUGUUGGCUGAUUCUCUCUUUCUUGGCCCAGGUUUACAGCAGUGGCGGCACUCAUGGCCGGUCCCCUGUCGUGGGCCGCAGCCUUUGUGCAGAGACACAGGAAAGGCCUGUUGGUGGGUUCCUGUGCAGGCCUGAUUGGGGCCCAGAUCUCAUACCACCUCUUCCCAGAUCCUGUGAUCCCAUGGCUUUACCAGUACUGGCCUCAGGGCCAGCCAGCCCCUCUCCCCCCAGAGCUGCAGGGGCUCUUCCAAGAGGUGCUACAGGACAUCGGUGUCCCCUCAGGCCACAGCUAUGAGGCUUUCACCACGUUCACCUUCCAGCCCGUGAGUGCUGGCUUCCCACGACUCCCUGCGGGGGCCAUGGUAGGCAUCCCAGCCACCUUCCUGGGUGGCACACUGAGCAACACCGAUCACGCCGUGGUUGUACACGGGCAGAGAGUGAACUGGCAGAGCCCAGCAGGCGCCCGACUGAGAGAUGCCCUGACCCUGUCCCGUGACGCCCAGAAGUUUGCCUUGGCCAAGGAAGUGGUGUACCUAGAGAGCAGUGCAGCUGCCCUCCAGGCCAUGCUGGCCCCAGCUUGCCUCGUGGGAACCUGGGCCCUGGGCGUGGGUGCCAAGCACACACUGGGGCUCUACGGAGGCCCCAUGAAUUUACGGGCUGUCUUCAACCUGGUGGCAGCAGUAGCGGGCUUUGUGGCCUACGCCUUGUCCACGGACUCUCUCUCUCAUGCCCUGGAAGCCUGGCUGGACCGCCGCACCGCUGCCCUGUCUACAGCCUAUGCCCGCGGGGGAGUGGAGUUCUAUGAGAAGAUUUUGUCGGGCAACGUAGCCCUGCGCAGUCUCUUGGGCAGUCACGGAGAGAAGCUGUAUACGCCCAGCGGGAACAUCGUCCCCAGACACUCGUUCCGCAUCAAACAUUUGCCCUACACGACCCGCCGGGACUCUGUGCUGCAGGUGUGGCGGGCAGCACUCCUCCCGAGCCGCUCCUGAGGGACUCGUCGCAAGGACAGAUGCGGCUCACGCAGGUACUACCCUGCCGUUGACUCUGGGGGCUCUCGGUGCCUCUGGACCCACGGCCCAGUGUCCGAUGAAUCAUAGACUCUGGAGUGAAACAGCCUAGAUUCUCCCGCAGUCUAUGAUCCCAGUGACCUUGGACAGUUAGUUCCCUUUUGAAUCUGAGUCUUGGGUUCCCCAGCUGUAAAAUGGUGGUGUAAAUUACCUGGCAGGAUUUGGUGGGGGGGGUGAGCUGUGAACAAAAGGGCCUGGCCAAGAGGACACGCUGUAAAUAAAUGGGAUGUCCCUC